AUGGCGGCCCGCAUCAGUCUGGAGUGGCUGUGGGGGAAGCAACAUCAGAGGCGUGCUACAGGAGUCUCCUACCGUGUCCCAAACCGAGCAGGAAAGUGGUCAGCUCUGGCCUUCAUCUUACUGUCAUCAGAAGAAGAGCUGGACCAGUUUGAGCUGAGCAGAUACUGUGCUUCAGAGAAGGUUCUCCUGAGGCUGCUGCCAGUGGUCAAGGCCUCCACCAAAGCUCUACUGAGCCGCUGUGAGCUGUCAGACAGAAGCUGUGGAGCUCUGGCCUCAGUCCUCAGCUCCCAGUCCUCUAGUCUGAGAGUCCUGGACCUGAGUCUCAACGACCUGAAGGACUCAGGGCUGAAGCUGUUGUCUGAUGGACUGAAGAGUCCUCACUGUAAACUGGAGACGCUCAGUCUGUCAGGUUGUUUGGUGUCAGAGGAAGGCUGUGCUUCUCUGGCCUCAGCUCUGAGGUCCAACCCCUCCCAUCUGAGAGAACUGGACCUGAGCUACAACCAUCCAGGAGACACAGGAGUAAAGCUGCUGUCUGCUCUGCUGGAGGACCCCCACUGCACCCUGCACACUCUCAGACUGGAGCAUUCUGGAGCUCAGAGGUUAACUCCAGGACCCAGAAAGUAUCUCUGUGAUCUCACUCUGGAUCCAAACUCCGCUCACACAAACCUCAAACUGUCUGACAACAACAAGAAGUCCUGGUCCUCCUCCUCUGGGACAGUGGGAGUCUUUGUGGACUGUCCUGCUGGGUCUCUGUCCUUCUACACAGUCUCCUCUGAGGGACUGAUCCACCUCCACACCUUCAGCUCCACCUUCUCUCAGUCUCUGGUCCCUGGGUUUGGGCUCUGGACUGAAGGCUCCUCAGUGUCUCUGUGUCCUGGGUCUGAGUGA